AUGGCGGAGGGCCUUGUCGGCGGAGGUGGCUGGCAUGCGGGAGAGAUUGUGCAAUCAUUCGGACCUGAAGUUGUCAUUCGCUUCCUCAAGAUUUCCGUCGCUGUUCAGAUCAUGUGGACACUCAGCCUUAGCCCGUGCAAGCUGUCUAUCCUAGUCUUAUAUUGCAAGAUUUUCACAAUUGCCAGGUUUCAGUGGACUUGUUAUAUCACUGGUGGUGUCAUAGCUGCGUGGUCGCUGUCCACGAUACUCAGUGCUUUGCUUAUCUGUCAACCUAUGUCAGAUCUCUGGUCAGCAGUUCCGAAGGGCCAUUGCGGGGAUCAUACUUUAUCAUACACGAUCACUGGUAGCAUCAACAUCGUGACGGAUGUCAUUGUGUUGCUUCUUCCGCUUCCAUACCUUAUCCAUCUGGAGAUGGCGCUCUACAAAAAGCUAGUACUGACAGCCACGUUUACUGUUGGCUUGUUUGUCUGCGUGGUUAGUGCUUUACGCCUACAUUCAAUUCGAUCGAUCGACUUCUCCGACAUUACCUAUACCGUUGCCGAGGCUCAAAUUUGGAGUGCUCUUGAGCCAGCUCUCGGCAUUACUGUGGCAUGUGUCCCUGUCCUCCGUCCACUCUUUGGUGGCCAGCAUAGUCCAAAUGGGACUUCACUGGAAAGCGGCCGGAAGAAGGCGCACGCACUGAAUCGAAUAUUUGAAUCGGUUUACGAGAGUUCGUCCGAGUAUCAGCUACGCCCGUAUCAUUCGAAACACGGUGUUGAGGUCACAUCCCAGAGGCACACCAACAGCAAUAGUCUUGACGGCACGGACUGCAAAUACAUUGGGGUACUACAAGAAUGGAAAGUUGACACGCGGUAG